GGGAAGACUGAGAGAGGGGAGCAGGGCCGAGACAUCGACCUGACAUCGCUGAGAUCCACCAUGCCAGCCAGCGGCCCUCUGCAGGGAGGUUCAGCCUCCAAUCUGAACAUGAACCUGUACGCCACUAAGAAGACAGUAUCUGAGGGCAUGCUGGACAUCGCACUGUUCCUGGCUAACAUCACACACAUGAAGACUGUCAUCGAGCAGGGAGCUGGAUACAGGUACUACAUUGCUGUCCUGACACUCAUCUCCUUCUCCCUGGCGCUCCAGAUAGUGGCUGGAGUCCUGAUCAUCAUCAUCGCCCGCAGGGACCUGAACGUGGUGUCCAAUCAGAAACGACUCGACUACCUGAACAACCUCGCUACAGGCGUCAUCUUCGUCACCACGGUGGUCAACUUCUUCGUCAGCUUCUUCGGAUCCAAGAGGACCGGCUUCUUCCGCUGGCUGCUGGCUCGACUCCACUUCUGACACACACGCAAAUACCACAUAUCAAACACCUUCAAGAUGCAUGCACACACUCACAAGCAUUUCAUCUGCACACACACGUACACAUGUUGACUUAGAGUUGAAAUUAAGUUCAAAUGACUCCGCACCACCUGUACAAUUCACAUAUGUUCAAGCAUCAUACCUUGUUUACUAUUCAAGCUUUGAAAAGUGACUCAAACUGUAAUCCAACUAAAAUGUUUUCACUUUA